CAUUGUGCGCGCUGAAACUGCAUGCCGAAGACGCCAUUAGCCUCUCUGUCUUUCCGUCUCUCCCAACCGUCAGGGCGUGCGUAGUAUACCAACAGGCUCGAAGCGAUGAGCUUGAUCAGCAUGAUGGAGGCGAGGCUGCCCCCGGGGUUCCGGUUCCACCCGAGGGACGACGAGCUCGUGCUGGACUACCUGCGCCGCAAGCUCUCCGGCAAAGGCGGCGGAGGAGCAUACGGCGGCAUCGCCAUGAUCGACGUCGACCUCAACAAAUGCGAGCCGUGGGAGCUUCCAGACGAGGCGUGCGUGGGCGGGCGGGAGUGGUACUUCUUCAGCCUGCACGACCGCAAGUACGCGACGGGGCAGCGCACCAACCGCGCGACGCGGUCGGGGUACUGGAAGGCGACGGGCAAAGACCGCCCCAUCUACGGCCGGCGCGGCGGCGGCGCCGUGGUCGGGAUGCGCAAGACGCUGGUGUUCUACCAGGGCAGAGCCCCCCGCGGGACCAAGACCGAAUGGAUCAUGCACGAGUUCCGCGUGGACGGCCAGGCCGUUGCCGUUGCCGGCCGCCACGGCUCACCUCUCAAGAACGACUGGGUGCUGUCUAGGGUGUUCUACAAGAGCAGAACCACCACCACAAGACCAGCGGGCGCCGACGAGGCCGGGUCACUGUCCAGCGAGCUGAUCAGCCUGCCGAUGCCGCCGCCUCACAUGUCCCCCGUCGACGCCUACCUAACCUUGGAUCACGCGUCGGCGGCCUCCAUUGGCGGCUACUACCAGCAAGACGCCGGCCUCCCGGCGGCGCAGGCGCUGCCGUUCAAGUCCCUGUCGGGCUUCCGGGACCUGCUGAGCAGCAUGGUGGAAGUCAACGGCGGCGCAGUUGCAAAGACGGAGUUCCAGCACGACUGGGCGCCCGAGGCGGCCUACGCGCAGCAGAGCGGCGUGUCGUCGCAGACGUGGAACCCGUUUCUGAGUUCUGGAUGAUGGCACACGGCUCAGUUGCUGAAGUGUAGCAGGCAGUGUGUGCUUAGCGAGCAGUCAGUUUGUCUGUAAUUCGAUUUGGUUAGCGUGAACGAUGCAGUGUAUUAGAUGUAGGGUAGUAAGUAGCAACCCAGACACUAGAUAGGAUGGAAUGGAGUGUCUUGGCGCAGUAACUGUUGUACAUAGGAUUGUCGCAGAAAAUUACUACUUUUUUUCUCCGUCUCAA